AUGUCUCGGGGACCUAGAAUGUUCUCCCUUCUCCUGGUCCUCUUUCUGAGCCACAGAGGUGCAUGUCAGAGAGACCCAAGCUCCAGGCAGGAUUUACACCCAUUGUUGCAGAAAAUGGCGGAAGAAAUAAUAGAGGGAAGCUAUCUGAAUGCAUUACUGGAUCUCAUACAGUUUGAAAGCUCCCAUGUGUGGACUGCAGACCUGUCCCACAGAGUCCUUGCUUAUCUGAACUCACGGAAUUUGGCUUUUACCAUCCCCAGCCUGCAGGCAGUCAUGGAAACCCACCUGGAGCAGUAUUUGUACCAGCCCCAGAAGCUGCUGGAGGACCUGAGGGACACUGAUGCCCAGCAGUUCCGAACUGCCAUGAAAUGCCUUUUAGAAGACAAGUGGGACCCCCUGGAUCUGAAAGACACUGUCAUCAACUUAGGAGACAUUUGGAAAGAGGCCCUUCAGAGCCCUGGUGUGAACCGCAGCCUGUUUCUCAUCACUCUGGAGCGCUGUUUCCAGGUGCUGAACCCCUUGGAGUGUGUGGAGGUCCUGAGCAGGGUGCUCAGAGGCUCCUCGGGCAGCUUUCUGCAACCGGAUGUCACAGAGAGGCUACCCCAGGACCUUCGUGAGGAUGCCUUUAAGAACCUAUCUGCAGUGUUCAAAGACCUCUAUGACCAAACCUCAGCUCACACCCAGAGAGCUCUCUACUCUUGGAUGACUGGGAUCCUGAGGACACCCUUCAACAUCACCGAUGGCUCAGUUUCAUGGGUCAGUGCAGAAAAAUUAUGGAUUUUGGGCAGAUACAUGGUUCACCUAUCAUUUGAAGAAAUUAUGAAAAUCAGUCCUAUAGAAAUUGGGCUGUUUAUCAGCUAUGACAACGCCACCAAGCAGCUGGACACCGUGUAUGAUGUCACCCCUGAACUGGCUCAGGCAUUUCUGGAGAGGAUCCGAUGCUCCAGCUUUGACAUGAGGAAUAUCUCCACCAUCCACAGGUUGGGGCUGUUGGUUUGUUUCUAUGAUGGUCUGGAGCUGCUGGACGCCACCCUGGCCCAAGUCCUUCUCCACCAGAUGCUCAAGUGCAGCCGCCUCCAGGGCUUCCAGACUGGCAUUCAGAAGCUCAAGGCCAACCUCCUGGACAUCGCUACACAGAACCAGACCCUCAAUGAGACCCUGGGCUCUCUGUCAGAUGCAGUUGUGGGUCUGAGCAUCAGUGAGCUGGAAUCCCUCUCCCCUGAAGCAGUGCACAGUGCCAUCUCUACCCUCAGCCAGGUUACAGGCUGGAGCAGAGGCCAGAUCCACAUCUUGUCUGCCAAGUACUUGGCCCAGGAAAAGGUGCUGUCCUUCUACAACAUCAGCCAGAUGGGUGUGCUGCUGGCAGGGGUCAGCACACAAGCCUUCUACCACAUGGACCACAAGGAUCUCUGGCAGGUCCUGAGAAGCCCUGUUUCCCAGCAUGUGUCUGAUUUGUCACCUGUCCAGCAGCAAGGCAUCCUCAGCAAGCUGAUGGAAACAGAAGAUGCACCUGCUUCAGGCAUUGCAGAGAUGCCAAGAGCUCUCUUUAAGGAAGUCUCUCUCUAUGAUUUGUGGAAAGAAACCCAGUUCAACACUACAGUCCUGAAGGAAAAGGAGCUUCGAAGGAGCCAGGCCUUGUUCCUGUAUGAGCUUCUGGGGAAGACCACAGAAAGGCCGGAGGAGAUCCUGAGUGCUGGACAACUGGUGAAAGGUAUGCAGUGCUCACACAUUGAUGCCAUGAAUGCCCAUGUCUUCCUGGCCCACUACCAGUAUUUUGAGAACAACUUCUCCAUGCUUUCACCAAAUCAGAUCAAUUGUUUGGCAUGGAAAUACUGGGAAGUUUCAAGGUCCUCCUUGCCACCAUUCCUCUUGGCUACCCUCCCGUCCCGCUUUCUGGCUUCAGUUACCACCUCUCGCUGUGUGCGUUUUCUGAUCAGCCUGGGGAAGAGGCACUUGGACACCUUGGUCUUAGAUUCCCAUAAAAGGAGUUUGGUCAUCAGGAAGGUGCAACAGUGUCUGGAUGGUGUCAUCUCGGAUGAGUACACUGUGGACAUUGUGGGGAAACUCCUGUGCCAUUUGCCAGCCACCUUCAUUGAGAGAGGGAUCUCACCCAGAGCCUGGGCUACCACUCUGCAUGGCCUCAGAGGCUGCACAGCUCUCAGCUCUGAGCAGAAGGCUGCAGUGAAGUUCAGGCUUCUGGAGCAGUGGGGACCACCUCAGAACUGGACAUUGGAGACGACAAAGGACUUGGCACCUUUCUUAGCAUUUUUCUCAGGAAAUGAAUUGCACACGAUUGCCACAAAGUUUCCUGAUAUCCUACAACAAACAGCUUCCAAGAUGGUUGGGGUGUUGCCCCCCAAAGAAUUCCUCUGGGCUGUCUUUGAGUCUAUUUGGAACAGUAGUAAUGAGAGCCCCAGCUUUGACCCCACCUUUGGUUGCCAUGGAGUUGUGGCUCCCUCUUCAGAUGACAUCUUCAAGUUGGCUGAAGCCAAUGCCUGCUGGGACCCUGAGGUCCUUCUCUGCAUGGAGGAGGACACUUUUAUCAGGAAUGUGGAGUUGCUAGGGGCCGUGAAGGGUUUCAGCCGGCCUCAGCUGAUGGCCCUGAAAGAGAAGGCAAUCCAGGUUUGGGACAUGCCUUCCCACUGGAAACAACACCACAUCAUCUCUUUGGGGCACAUUGCUCUGGCUCUCAAUGAGAGUGAGUUGGAACAGCUGGACCUCAGCUCCAUAGAUACUGUAGCAUCCCUGGGACAACAGACAGAAUGGACCCCAGGACAGGCUAAAUCCAUUCUGAAGGCAUUCCUUGAAGAUUCAGGCUACGGUAUCCAUGAUCUGAAGAGUUUCCAUUUGGUUGGGCUUGGUCCUACUCUAUGUGCUAUGGACACCACUGAAAUCCCACUUAUAAAGACCUCAGAAUUCAGGUAA